AUGGAGCCUUGGCAGAGUGUAGAUGUUGAUGGUUCAUAUUUAGGUGAAGAAGACUGCCGAGCAGUUGUGAAGAGUCCGCAGAACAACCUGACUGGUACCUGCCGCAAGACAAGAGACAGAUGUGUGGAUUUCGUUAACCAAGUUACCAGAUGGGAAGAACUGAACAGUGAGGGGUUCAACAUUAUUAAAAGCAUUUCUAAUUCUCUAAUCGAAAAUGGAGAAGUACCAACUGCAAGCGACACAAAGUUGAUUUUAAAACUACAAACUGAUGCAGACAAACUUGGCGAAUUAAUUAACCAGCUCAAGUCUGUUGUGGAUAAACUCGAAAAUUUAACAUUAUUAACAAGAGAAACUGAAAAGCUCGAGAUUCAGUCUAACAUGACUUCAGGGUUUCCAUUGUUAAGCACAUCAGAUAUAGGUGAUAUUUUUGCUGACAUAACGGCAAUGCACCAAAAAGAAUUGGAGGUGAAGAAAGUGAUUAAGAAUAACAUAUGUUUCGAUGUUGAUAAAGAUGUCUUUUUGGUCUACUCUGCUGCAUGGAUCCAUCAACCAUACAUUGACAGCAACUUAGGCAAACUUAUUGAUAUUACAACUCUUGGUACUGGCUUGAAUUAA